AUGGUUGGAGCAACUGUCCAUCACUCCACCACUUCGGCAACCACUUGGAGUAACCGCCUGCUACUCCACUACUUCGGCAACUGUCUGGAGCGACCACCGGUUCCUCAACCACCCACGUUCAUUGGCCACGCGAGGACACUCCCCGCAUGUUUCUCGGUUACGCGCUUGCGACAGCUAGGCCAUGCACGCCCACUCGGCCAUGCACAUGCGGUAGGCCGCCUGCACGGAUGCGUCCAUGUCUCUCGGUCACACCUGCAUGCCCACUCCACUGCAAUAGAUUUUCUUGGUCACGUUUACUUGGCCAACUUGCUUGCGACAACUGCGACAAGUUUUCUCGGCGUUUUCGGGCAUGCCGCUAGGCUCUCUCGUUUGCGGCAACUUUUUUUGGCGUUAUCAGUCAUGCCUGCUCAGCCCAUCCGGCUAAGUGUUUAUUGUUCAUUUACAGUUUCUACCAGGCAAGUCUAUGUGGAAGGCUUGGUUAAGCAAGCUUCUAAUGAUCAGUAUUGGGACAUUUGGAAGAGACAGAAACUGAGUCCUGAAUUGGAGCUGAAGCGUCAGCGUAUAUUGGACACAUACCAGGGUUUGACAGAUCAGCUUAUAGGAUUGGAGAAGCACUUUAAUAAUCUUGAGAUCAGUAAGUUUGGCGAACAUGGUGGUGUUCAUGCUGGACGGAGAGCAUUGCAUGCUAAUGCAGAUCCAUCAAGAAAUGUGCAGUCAGUUCAAAAGAUGUACAACACACUAAAUUCACAACUGGCAGCCACCGAGCAACUGUCCAAUUGUCUCUCAGAACAGAUGGCUAUGCUUAACAUAAAUAAACAAUCUGUGAGACAUCCAACUGUGGUGAAAGAACUGUUUGAGUCAAUUGGUAUCUCCCAAGAAGCCAGCAUCUUCCAUUCUCCAGAGCCCAUCAAAGGAACCUUGGUAUCUGCGAGCAUUACCAAGGGUAAUAGCAAGAUAAAUAUGUCAAGUACUUCACAAGUCUUGGAAUCAGGAACUGCAAGGAGGAGAUACUCUUUAGAUAAGAGUUUGUCUAAAUUUGAGCCUCAGAAGACCACUGUGAAAAGGAUGUUGAAAGAAAGUGUUUCAGUCAUUGCAGACAAGCAUGUUGGGAGAUCCAGGGAAGCAUUUCAUUCUCAAACAGCAAGUUUUGUGAUUGACCCCCAGAAAAUUAAUGAAAAUCAUGCUUCCUCUCUCUCACAAUCAUCUUCGCUAAAGUGGCAUUCCCCUGCAUAUCCUACUGGCAAAGGUAUCCAAGAAAAGCCUCCCAAAGUAGCAUCUGAACCUCAAUCAGUGUCCCCAUUUAAAUGGACCUUGGAACUUUCAGGAUCUUCUCAAAAUCUGAAGUCAAAUUCUCAUCCAGGCCAACCAUUAUCGUCAUCAUCAUCAACGGUAGUUUAUAACAAUCCGCAUGGUAUGCCUGAUGGAAAAUUUCAGUUACCUGAUUCGUCAAACAAUAUUGUGACCCACACUGUGAGCCAGUCUGGUUCCUCUAUGGUUUCUAAAACAGCUCCAUCUUCAAAGAGGAUGUCCAAUGUGCCGUUUAAUACAUCCCCUCAGACAUCUGUGGCAUUUCCCAGCAGCUGUACUACAAAUUUCAAAACCACAUUACCUUCUGAGAUCAUGCAUGAGAAAACAAGUGGGCAGUUGAACCAACAAGCUGGAAAGGAUGCUCCAACUAAGUUAUCCGUAAGAAGCUUGGAUAAUUUUGGGGUUUCUGAGAAAGGUUUGUUUUCUCUAUCUGAUGAGCCCACUCAUUCUAUGCGAUCUGUUGCCCAAUCUGUUGACGGAAAUAGAAUUGCUCAAGUUGAUGUGUUAACAGGCCAUAGUGCAUCACCUGAAGCUUCAUCAACAACCCCAUUUAAUUUUUUAGCCUCUGCAUCAACUCCAGUCUUCUCAAUUAAGCAGUCAUCCACACCUCUUAUGUCAUCCCAUAGCUCUGCAUCCAUUUCACCAAUUUUUCCAUCCUUGUCAAUUAAUUCCUCUGCGUCUAUUUCGUCUAGCUAUUUACCCUCUUCAGCCAUGGCUUCCAUUGGAAAACCAUCAUUUGACACAAAACCUAUCGAUGACAAUAACAAAGCAAUUCCAGUAUCAUCUUCAGUUUUGACUCCUUCCACUCCACCUCGUCUGCCAUCCUCCAAUCCUUUGACUCUUCAGUCCCAUGAAUCACCAGUCCCACAACCCUCUGCAAUUCCUUUUGACAGUGCAGUCUCACACUCUCCACCUCUGCAAGCUAAUAUGGUUAAAUCUAAUUCUGAAUCAGCACCAUUACUGGCAUCUAAAUCUGAGGGUCUGCUGCAACCAACGGAGAUCAACCUUCUUUCAGAACCAGUUGUUUCUCAGGCACUGGCUAAAAAGGUUUCUGCUGGAUUGAGUGAAGGAGAACCCUCCGUCAUUCCUACUGCUGGUUUCAGCACAUUCCCUCUGACAUCUGGUCCGUCUCAGAUACAAUCUACUACAAUCUCUCCCCUGAGCACCAUUCCUCAAGAGAAGGAUGAAGGUAUUGACCUAAGUUCAUCACAAGAAGAUGAAAUGGAAGAAGAAGCUCCAAGCAUGGCAAAUGAAUUCUUGGGAGGGCUUGGUGGUUUUGGGCUUGGAGCAGCCAGUCCUCAUGUACCAAAGUCUAAUCCUUUUGGUGUUUCAUUCAAUACAACACCUGCUAGCGCUCCAUUUUCUUUGACCACUUCCCCGGGAGAGCUCUUCCGGCCUGCAUCAUUCAGCAUACCUCCACCAAAACCAAUAGAGCUGUCACAACCAACACCGUCAGGGGCAACAUCUAGUGCUUUUGGUGGGGGAUUCAGUGGAUUUGGACAGCCUGCGAAUAUUGGAGCUGGUCAGCAGGCGCUUGGAUCUGUUCUUGGUGCUUUUGGACAAUCAAGACAAAUUGGUGCUGGUGUACAGGGUGCAGCUGGUGGGUUUGCUGGUGUUGCACCAGGAAGUGGUUUUGCCAGUGCGGCUACAGGAGGUGGGCUUGCCGGUGCUCCUGCAGGAGGAGGGUUUGCCAGUGCUCCUACAGGAGGAGGGUUUGCCGGUGCUGCUAAUGGAGGAGGGUUUGCCGGUGCUGCGUCUGGUGGUUUUGCUGCAGCUGCUGCUGGAGGCGGUUUUGCAGCUGUUGGCUCCCAAGGUGGUGGGUUUGCUGCAGCAGCUUCAGGUGGUAGUGGUGGGUUUGGAGGAGCUAACCCUGGUGGUGGCUUUGCUGGAGGCGGUUUUGGGGCUUUCAGCGGCAACAAAGUUGGUGGAUUUUCUGGAUUCGGAGGCAACAAUGCUGCUGGUGCAGGUGGACCUCCAUCUCAGCUUUUCACACAAAUGAGAAAAUAACAGAACCGUGUGCGAAGAUGUUUUUGGUAAGAAACUGUCACAAGAAGGUCCACAAUGGCCAACUUCUUCCGCAACCUGCGAAAAAUUCCAAUCUAUGAACUUUUCUGCUGCACUGUUGAUGUGGAAUUUGAUUUGGUGGAUGGAUAAUUGUUAACAUGCAUACCUGAAAAGCAAUGUGUUGCUGCAGCCUGUUGUUUUAUUGUGUAAAAUUUCAUGUUGAAAAUGAAUUGUUACACGACCACAUCAUAUCAUAGAUUAAAAAACAGAAGGGUCUUAGUUUUUGUUUAUUAGAAGCUGCAUAUCUCAGAGAGUAUAGGAUUUGGUGAAAUGAAUUUUGAGGAUGGUUGUUAUGACUAUAUCCUAAGGAACUUGUGAUCAUUUAUAACACAAAUGUAAAUGGCACUGUCUUUAUUUUUCUAUUCACCAAUUUAUCAGUCUUUUGCUGCCUGA